AUGUCGCCCGACCAAGCCAAGGAGAUGCUCUCCUCGCUCAAGGGUAAGUGGUCUCUUUCGCCACAGCCCAAGGCACUCCUCUCCUCUAAAGCAACGCAUCCUGAUGCACUGCAUCGUACGUACAAGUUCAAGGACUUCACUUCUGCACAAGCAUUUGCAAACAACCUGGGGGAACUGGCAGAAGCAGAAGGACAUCAUCCUGCAAUCAUGGUCGAAUGGGGCCGAGUGACUGUCUGGUGGUGGAGCCAUACUAUCAGUGGGCUGCAUAAGAACGACUUUGUCAUGGCGGCCAAGACGGAAGAGCUUGUGCACCAGGCCGAGGGAUAUACCCCGCCAAAUCCGAAAACAUAG